UUUGGUCACAUGACUCCUGAUUGCACAAAGAUCAGCAAGUAGAUGCAUUUCUUGAGUUGCUACAAUCUGCUGUAGGUUUAACAUGGGGCGACUAGAUGGAAAAGUCAUUUUGCUGUCUGCUGCUGCUCAGGGAAUCGGACGAGCUGCUGCUAUUGCCUUUGCUAAGGAAGGAGCGCAGGUCAUUGCAACAGAUACCAAUGACGUGAAACUGAAGGAACUGGAAUCAUACCAAGGUAUACGAACAAGGGUGUUGGAUGUCACCAAGAAGGAACAGAUUGAAAAGCUGUGCCAAGAGAUUGAUCGAAUUGAUGUCUUAUUUAAUGUAGCUGGAUUUGUCCAUCACGGGACUAUCUUGGAUUGUGAAGAAAAAGAUUGGGACUUCACCAUGAAUCUUAAUGUUCGUAGCAUGUAUCUCAUGAUCAAAACCUUCCUGCCUAAGAUGCUUGCCCAAAAAUCUGGAAACAUCAUCAAUAUGUCUUCAGUGGCAUCUAGCAUUAAAGGAGUUGUGAACAGAUGUGUGUACAGCACUUCCAAGGCUGCAGUGAUUGGUUUGACCAAAUCUGUUGCUGCAGACUUUAUUGAACAAGGGAUACGCUGCAACUGUAUAUGUCCUGGCACUGUGGAUACACCAUCGUUAAGAGAAAGGAUCCAAGCCAGACCAAACCCAGAACAGGCUUUAAAGGACUUUUUGGCAAGACAAAAGACUGGUAGAAUGGCUACAGCAGAAGAAGUAGCCUACCUCUGUGUCUACCUGGCAUCUGAUGAAUCGGCAUAUAUCACAGGUAAUGAACACAUCAUUGAUGGAGGCUGGAGCCUAUAAAUUACACCUGCAAUUGAUGCUGAUUUCUGACCCAGCAUAGACCUCCCGAUGAGCUGAAGCACUGGAACCAAAUAUGUUUUUAUAGAGAUUGUGCUGUACUGCUCAACUUGUGAUGGAUUCCUGCCAACAAAACACAUAAACGUCAAUAAAGAGCAUCUUUAUUCAUUCCCAACAGUUUUCUUAAAUUUGGCAGGCCACUUUCCACUUGACUUUUAAUCUGUACCAACUUUUAAUAGGAUACUAACAGAAAAAAAUAAAGUUGAUUUCUCAGGCUCA